AUGGAUGACUUACAAAUUGUAGAAAGCGAUGGAGAGAGAAAGUUUUUGCAAUAUUUACAUGGGUAUCCCGGGGAACCAGAAUGGCUUUCUGUAUUACUUGACGAAAAACAACCUCUACAGGAACCGGAAAAAACAGAAAUACAGCAGAUGCUGGUAAAUUUACGUAUCCAUGUAAGAGUUCUCUACGAAAAACAAAAGAGUCUGGCCGACAAAGUAGAAACCUCUGAACUGUUGGCCGAGAAUAGAUUAGAGCGUCUGUCAGAUAAAGACAAGCAAAUUGGGGAACUGUCACAGUGGAUAAGCGAUCUAAAGCGACAACUUGAGCAAGAGCAACUACGACAAAAUCUGAAACUUAAAGACGUCAAACAUGCUGCUGAGAAAGAAAAAGUUGAGUUUCAAAACGAGAAGGAGAGGGUUGUGGCGGAGUUGGAAAGCGAAAAAAGAGCAUUGCAAAGAGAACUCUACGAGAGCAGGCAUGAAUUAACCCAGCUACAGAAUCGCUUAGAUAAGUCCGUGCAGGAAACAGCGAACGUGAUAGAUAAUUUCAAGUUCUUCUAUGAAGAUUAUCUUAGGUUGGAACAAGAUCUGUCUAAUAUCGAGCGAGAGCUAAUACCAAUACAAAAGCAGUUCCUCCAACUAGCUGAAACCAUGAAUAUAGACCCUGAAGAGUUACAGCGCAAGCUCGAAGAAAUUAAGGAAGCUCUCAGAAAGAGCAAAAGUCACAAGAAUAUAAAGGACGUCUUUGAUAAAGUCUUGAUAGCUGCUGAUAAAGAUCAUACGCCUCAAGAGGAUCCAGCUGCGUCCUCUUCUGGUGGUAGCAGUAACUCAGACAGCUUCACUAAGGGUCAGUUAAGACUGAGUUCGUCCAGCAAAACUAAACAGAGGGAACCGUCCUGUCCUUUUAGCCAAAAAUUACUUUUCGAGGAGUUGGAACACGGAUCGCUCAAAGAAGCAGAUGAAAAUGUUAUCGUACAGAAAGGAACACUGAAAAGAUCAAAGCUUCGCGUAAAGAUUCCAAAGUUUCAAUGGAAAACACGGUAA